AUGAAAGCUGUUCAAGUUUUGGGCACCCGAGAGAAUCACCGCAUUGUCCUGUCAGAUACCUUAUUACGACCAUCUCCUACAGGCCAUCAGAUUCUGAUCAAGGUCCACGCUGCCGGAAUAACAGCAGACGAAGUCAUAUGGCCCGAGUUGUACGCCUCAACUCACCGAGUACCUGGGCACGACAUCUCCGGCACAAUUGAAGCCGUCGGUCCCGAAUACGAUGGACCGCUGUCUCUUGGGCAAAGCGUCUAUGCCAUGCUUGCUGCAGACAGUCCUCAAGGAGGUCAGUCAGAGUAUGCCAUCGCCAUGCCAAACGAGGUCGCUAUCAAACCGCUCUCAAUCUCCCAUGCGCAGGCAGCUGCACUCCCCAUACCUGCGUUGACUGCAUGGGAAGCUGUGUUCAGUCGCAUGAAGCUUACACAGGGCAGCAAAGCCCUUGUCACGGGGGCUUCGGGGGCUGUUGGAGCCAUGUUUGUUCAGAUUGCCAAGAAGCUGCUCAGUGCAGAGGUCAUUGGUCUAGCUUCGCCUUCAAAGUACGACUUCGUCCAAGAACUAGGAGCAACCAAGGUCUUGGAUUACGGCUCCUUGGACUGGUGCGACAAGAUACACGGAGUUGAUGCGGUUUUCGAUACAGUCGGAGGUGAAGUAUUGACAAAAGCGUGGAAAACGGUCAAACAGGACGGGGUCAUCGUGACAGUGGGUGAUCCGGCUCCGAGUUGGGCUUUCAAUGGGGGACAGCCGGAAGAGUCACAAACGUAUCCAGGGGUAAAGUGCCUGCACUUUAUUGUGUCUCCGGAUGGCGAUGCACUUACCCAUGUGGCCUCACUUAUAGACGAUGGCGCAUUGAGGCCUAUUCCUGUUCAGGUAUUCGAGGCGAAAGAAGCGGUAGAGGCUUGGAAAUAUGCAUCGCACAGAGGCAGGAAAGGCAAGGCAGUUAUUCAAUUUCUGUCUGAAUAG